AUGACAAAGAGGCUUGAUUUUGUUGGAAAGCCAGCUCCACCCAACUAUGUCGCUGGUUUAGGACGUGGUGCAACUGGUUUCACCACGCGAUCUGACAUUGGUCCUGCAAGAGAAACAGGUGACAUUGGAUCAGAUGUCAAACAUGCACCUGGAAAGGAAGGAGAAGACGAGGAUGACGAACGUUUCCAAGAUCCAGACAACGAAAUUGGCUUGUUCUCAAAGGCGCCUUACGAAGAAGAUGAUGAGGAAGCUGACAGAGUCUGGGGGAUGAUUGAUGAAAAGAUGGAUGAAAGACGAAGGGUACGCAGAGAAGCGAGAGAACGUGAGGAACUGGCGCGCUAUCGUCUGGAACGACCCAAGAUUUCGCAGCAGUUUGCUGAUCUCAAACGCCAACUGACGACGAUCAAUGAGGCGGAAUGGGCUGCGAUUCCGGAAGUAGGUGACUUGGUUGGAAAGAACAGAAGACGUAACAAAAUGCCAGAGCGUUUCACACCCUUGCCAGACACCAUUCUUGCUGCUGCGCGAGACAGAACACAAUAUGAAACAACCCUUGACGAAGCAGAGCAGAAGCUGGGAGGCAUUGCUUCUAGCACUCUAGACAAUGAGAUGAUGACCAACUUCAAGGAGAUUGGUCAAGCAAGAGACAAAGUGCUUGGUCUGAAGUUGGAUCAGGUGUCGGACUCAGUCUCUGGCCAGACUACGAUUGAUCCAAAGGGAUAUCUCACUGAUCUCAAUAGUGUCGUGGUCAAGUCAACUACUGAGAUUGGUGACAUCAAAAAGGCUCGUCUUUUGUUAAACUCUGUAAUUACCACCAACCCCAUGCACGCACCCGGUUGGAUUGCUGCUGCGCGUGUAGAAGAAGUAGCCGGAAGAGCUGUUCAGGCCAGAAGUGUAAUUGCAAGAGGUUGUGAACAAUGCCCAAAGAAUGAAGAUGUCUGGUUAGAAGCAGCUCGCUUAAAUACUACUGAAAAUGCAAAGAUUAUCUUGGCCAAUGCUGUCCGUCACCUUCCUCAAUCUGUCAAGAUUUGGUUAAAGGCAGUCGACCUCGAGACUGACCAAAAGGCACAAAAGAGAGUUCUCCGCCGUGCUCUUGAAUUCAUCCCGAAUUCUGUAAAGUUAUGGCGUGCGGCGGUUAAUAUGGAAGAAAAUCCAGAUGAUGCAAAGGUCCUUUUGUCGCGUGCUGUUGAGUUGGUCCCGAUGAGUGUGGAUCUGUGGCUAGCACUGGCUCGAUUGGAAUCUUAUGCAAAUGCUAAAAAGGUUCUCAAUGUGGCUCGAACGACUAUUCCUACCAGUCAUGAGAUCUGGAUUGCUGCUGCCCGCCUGGAAGAAGAACGUGGCAAUCCGGAAAUUAUCGAUCGAAUUAUCACACGUGCGGUUUACACAUUGUCACAAACCGGCUCAGUCUUGGAUCGUGAUCAGUGGCUGAAGGAAGCCGAGACCUGUGAAAAGAACGGAUCGGUAGCGACGUGCCAGUCUAUAGUGAGAGCAACAGUUGCUCUGGGAAUUGAGGAUGAAGACCGCAAGUCAACUUGGAUGGAAGAUGCCGAGUCCUGUAUGGCACAUGGAUCGAUUGAGACUGCGCGGGCCAUUUACGCAUAUGCUCUCAAGGUGUUUCCUGGAAAAAAGUCGAUCUGGAGACAGGCUGCUUUCCUCGAAAAGAGUCAUGGAACACCAGAGAGUCUGGAGGAGCUUUUGCAGAGAGCUGUUCGCUACUGUCCUCAGGCAGAGGUUCUUUGGUUGAUGGGUGCCAAGGAGAAGUGGCUGGCUGGUGACAUUCAGGGAGCACGUAAUAUUCUCGAAGAGGCUUUCCGUGCCAAUCCCAACAGUGAGCAGAUCUGGCUCGCUGCCGUAAAGGUCGAGAGUGAGAGCCAGGAGUACAAGAACGCACGAAAGCUUUUGGAGAUGGCCAGAAGUCAGUCAGGCACAGAGCGUGUUUGGAUGAAGUCUGCUAUGCUUGAGCGCCAGAUGAAGAACUUUGAUGAGUGCUUGGCACUUAUUGAUGAAGGUCUCAAAAAAUACCCCACGUUCGACAAGUUCUGGAUGAUCAAGGGCCAAGUAGAGGACACUGCACUCGGACAGCCUGCCAAGGCCAGAGAGACAUACAACAAGGCUGUGAAGAGCUGUCCAAAAAGUAUCACUCUCUGGAUCCUUCUGGCUCAAUUAGAAGAAAAGAUGGGUAUGGUUACAAAGGCACGCGCAACUCUCGAGAAGGCCAGAUACAUCAACCCAAAAACAUCCGAGUUGUGGGUUCAGGCCAUUAGGAUCGAAACUCGCGCCAACAACACAGUCGCAGCAAAGGCAAUGGCAGCCAAGGCACUGCAGGAGUGCCCCUCUUCCGGUGCUCUCUGGACAGAGGUUAUCUUUUUGGAGGCACGGCCACAGAGAAAGGCUCGAAGUGUCGAUGGUCUUAAGAAAUGUGAACACGACCCCAUUAUUGUCACAACCGUCGCGCGCCUUUUCUGGACAGAGCGUAAGAUUGAGAAAGCACGAAACUGGUUCCAAAAGGCAGUUCAGAUUGAUCCUGAUCAGGGAGAUUCAUUUGCUUGGUGGUACAAUUUUGAGUUGCAACAUGGCACAGAGGAACAUCGGGAGAUCGUUGUGAAGAGAUGUGUGGCUGCCGAACCUCACCAUGGUGAGCAUUGGCAGGCAGUAGCAAAAGAUGUGGCAAACAUUGGUAAGAAGGUGGACGAAUUAUUGAAGCUUUGUGCGGCAAGACUCGAUCAAUUAAAGUAA